UAUCUAUCUAUCCAUAUACAUCACUGUGAACGAGAAUGAAGGCUCGGUAAAUGGAGGCAGGCGUUCAUCCAGCGAUAUCUAAUCCAUGAAAACAGCGGCGCCUUCCCACAGAUUCAAAGUGUUGAAGAAGAACAGGUGUUGCGAGAGUUGGUCUCAUGCCAUGUGUCACGAGGUAGCGAACCCGCACGAGUCGUCGGUUGUCCGCGGCGAUGAAACGGAGGAGAAAGCGACGGGGGAGGCGGCGACGAUGAUGAUGCACUCGUCAGCAAUGGCACAGGCGAUGUUGUUUACGGGCCAUCGUUACGCUCGGGAGAUACCCACCAUGGAGUCGGCGCUGACCCACGUGAUCAUGUCCGGCGAGGGGAGGCGGCUGGUUGGCGCUUCUUCUUCUUCUUCCGCCGCCUCCUCCUCCUCGUCAUCGUCGUCGCAGUCGCACGUCUCUUCGUUGUAUUCUUCGCCAUGUUUGGGUGGUGAAGGCGGCGGAGGCGCAAGCAGUCAGAAGAGGAUGAGACUGGAGCUGCCACCUGAAACGCCAUUGAUGUACUACCCAAGAGUUGGUGCACCAUUAGAUGUUGCAGCUACAGAGCAAUAUCCACAAAGCUUCCUUCCAGCGCUGCAACCCUUUGCUCCUGCAGCAGCCAUGGACGAGCCCUCCCCUGCUUCCUUCAACAGGGAAGAAGAAGAAGGAACGACGCAAAGGAGGAAGUACCGCGGCGUCCGGCAGCGGCCGUGGGGCAAAUGGGCGGCCGAGAUCCGCGACCCUCACAAGGCGGCCCGCGUGUGGCUCGGGACCUUCGAGACGGCCGAGGCGGCCGCCCGGGCCUACGAUGCGGCCGCCCUCCGCUUCAGAGGCAGCAGAGCCAAGCUCAACUUCCCCGAGAACGUCUGCCUCCGGCCGUCCCCAUCUGCUCCUCCGCCGUACUCGAGUCUCCUGCAGGGGGCUGAGCAGUUCAUGCUCUCCGGUCACGCCUCGGCGCCGAUGGCUCCGACCGUGAGGGACAGCAGUUCUUGGCCUUCUGGUUCCUUCCCGGCCUACUCUGUUCCUUCCUCCAUUGUCGUUCCUUCCUCCUCUGCUUCAAGUGCUGCAGGAGACCAAGGGAUGCACAGGGACGGGGCAUCGGAGUUCCCGGCAACGUAUUGGAUGGAUUCAAGCCGGUUUCCUCCACCUUCUUCUGGUCACAGCUGAAUCCCGCCAUUGGUUACCUUGUCCCUUGUUUGUGUGGCAUGACAUGUGAAAGAGCUUCUUGAUUCGUCCGUCUCUUC